AGUAUUGGCUGGGAAACCGUGCUAGUCGGAGGGCGUAAGAAUAAGAAUGAGAUGAAAAUAACGGGAUGAAAACAUCGAUUCUUAUCGAAUUUGAUGUUUUUGGCGAACUGAAAUACACGAGGAAUUGGAGACUAAUACUCUUAUGAAUCGUUACCGUGGGGAAUGUGUAGCAAAGGUUUUACGUACAAAGUGGCGAUUGUUAGAAAAUUUUAAAAAAGUAUAUUUUUAAGCGCUUAUGAAAAAUAAACAUAUACAUUUCUAUAACGUGUACACCUGCAAGAAACUAUUUAUAAUACUAAAGCUACAUAUCACUAAAGCUCUUAAACCCUGAAACAAAGAAUUAUUGAAUGGUAUAAUCUGUAUCAUAAUUAAUUUAUUUUAUUUUGCACCGGAGAAACGCUUAUACUACAGAAUUUGCGAAUACCGUCAAUUUAUGUAGGUGUGGACUAUCUAAUAAAUUAAAUUUAAGUUUUCAUACUACAAAAAGUGAUCGAAAGUAACUUAAAAAUGUAUGAAAAAUAAGUGUAAAAAAAUGUCAUCAGAUAUAUAUCUCUACCUGCUGUUGUAGACCCAAAGUGAAAUCAUAAUAUUAUAGGAAAAUGGGUAACUUGACAUUAUCAGCAUCUUAACGUAGUAACCAUGGCAAAUCUCACGAGAUACUGAAUUUAGGAGCAUAAUUAACCUGAUCGUCGUCAUGGAGAACUGUUGGCGGACCGUUUGUAUUCUGGCCUUAGUGUUGUUGUUAAGACUUUUCGACAGAGUCGAAGGACACGCGCAGGCACCCGGAGUCUCUUCCUUCCUCUCAACAUCACCCCCGACGGAAUCACUCCGGGCACUGAAUAUGGAUCGUAUUAAUGGCCAUCCCCAGGCCUUACAGCAGUUCUUCUCGCCAUACACACAGCAGUCUACCCUGACGCCUAUACCGUCAGGUCCAGCAGAAGGACCUGCGGAGGAGGUCAUCGCUGUCACUGGAGGCUUGGCCGAGCUGCCUUGUGACCUGACCCAACCUGGGGACACGCCCAUCUUGGUACUUUUUUCUAAUGGUCUUACGGGAAAACCCGUUUACAGUAUUGACGCAAGAGAGGUGUCCCUGCAGUCGGCCCCCCAUUGGUCGAGCCUGCAAGAUCGAGCACACUUCGACCUAUCGACCCAACCCCACGUCCUAACCAUAAAAAACGUCGAGGCUGAUGACCAGGCCGAGUAUAGGUGUAGGGUCGAUUUCAGAGCCUCGCCUACCAGGAACCUACGAAUAAGACUCACGGUCAUGGUUCCUCCUCAGAAAAUCGAGAUAAGUUCGACUGAGAACCGGAAGCAACUGACAGGUGUCAUCGGGCCUUUCCCACUCGGAACUGAUCUGUCCCUCACCUGCACCGUUACCGGAGGACGACCUCCCCCAGAGUGACCUGGUGGCACGAAGAUGCCCUUCUGGACGAGGUCAGCGAGCAUGUGACUGAGGAGGUCACCAAGAAUACCCUGACCUUACCCAACCUCAGCCGACAACAUCUCCAUCGAGUUAUCAC